ACCGCCAUAGCGUUUAUAUUGUAUGUUAUCAAACAGUCCAAUUUUCUUAUUUAUAGACCAUUUGAUCCAAGAAUAUGGCUAUAGUUGAAGAUGAAGUUAGAAAUGGAUCUGAAGAAGAAAACGAAAUCGAAGUCGUUGUUGAAGAAGACGACGCUGACCAGGACUCGGAUGAUUCAGACGAUGAUGACGAUGAAGAAGCAAUGGAGAAAAAAGUGACUGAUUUAGAGCAACGAAUAGCAGAAGAUCCAUAUAAUUACAAUGAUCACAUUGAAUUGAUUCAGGCUCUCUGGAGUCUCUCAGAGCUGGAUCGAUGGCGUGCAGCCUUCGAUCGACUACAACAGUUAUCAUUAUUACGCGCAGAGCACUGGCUCCUAAGGCUGCAGACAGAGGAGACUCUGGCACAUUCACCUCAGUCUCGGGAACACAUUGCUAAACUCUUUCAAGAAGCCACACUAGACUGUUACUCCAUCCCGAUCCUAAGUGAGUGGUGCUCGUGGUCGCUGAGCGCUGGCGAGGCGGUGUCUGCGCGCGAGCAGCUGGACGAGGUGUUGCGGCGCGCCGGCGCUGACCCCCUCUCUGGAAAGAUCUUCUGGGACGCUAAGCACGAACUGGAAAAGGCGAAACUCGAAACUAUGAGCGAAGCCGACCCCGACUACAAGGAGCAGCGCCUGCGCGUGCUGUGGUGCCUGGAGGAGGCCGUGUCGCGCCCGCUGCUGCGCGGGGACGAGGCCUGGCCGCCGCUGCAGGAGCUGGCGCUGGCGGUGCACGACCAGGACUACGUCGACAAGGUCAAAAAACAACACGACGCGGCUGUGGAGUAUUUACAGAAAAUAACACCUUUUGAGGACAAAUUAUUAACCCUAGAAGAUCCAGAAGAAAAAUGUAAAGUGUAUCUGGAGUACAUAGAUGCAAUAAAGGAAUUAUCCAAAGAAGAUAAAUAUGCCGAAUGUGACAGCAACGGUAUACUGAAGGUGGUGUACGACCGCGCCACGUCGGAGUGCGGCGCGGGCGGCGCGGCGGGCGCGCUGCUGGCGGCGCUGGCGCGGCUGGCGCAGCGCACGUCGUCGCGCGCCGGCGUGCAGCGCGUGCUGGCGCUCUGCGCUCGCCGCUGCCCGCGCCGCGCGCUGUUCUGGGUGCUGCGCAUGCAGCAGGCCGAGCGCGACGAGAAGGACUUCGACGAGGUGAAGUCGAUCUUCGAGUCGGCGCUGUCGAAGGGCAUGGAGUCAUACAAGCAGGCGGAGUCGCUGUGGCUGGCUUACCUGGAGUACACGCGGCGCUGCACCGACUUCGACGACGCCGCGCUCGUGGAGCGCCUGCGCCGCUCGUGCCGACUCGCAUGGGACUCGCUGGCCGAGGCUUGGGGUGAGGAAGCGAAUGAUUGCGAAGUGCCUUUAUUCUGGGCGCGACUUGAAUACAAAAGAAUAAAGGAUCCAGUACAAGGGCGAGAAAUUUUUGAAGAAAUAUUCAAAUACGGCGAAAAUAAAACUCUAUCCAAGUACUGGGAAGCUUUAAUUCAUCUCGAAAUGACGCGCGACCCACCAGCUUCCGAGCGCAGGCUGCGCGAGCUGCACCGGCGCGCGCUGCGCAGCGUGAGCGACUACCCGCCCGCCGUGGCGCGCCUGUGGACCGACUACGAGCGCGACCACGGCAAGCUGGCCACCAGCGUCGAGUGCGCGCAGCUGUGCGAGGAAAAACUUGAAGAGUGGCGUGAGAGUUACCAGGCGAUGAAGGAAAAAAUGAUGGGUCAGAAACAGAAAGGUAAACAAGGUGCGAACAAGAAAUCAAAAGUCGACAACAAAAAGAAAAAGGACGAAAAACCGAGCAAAGGAAAGAGAAAGUCUGACAGCUCGGUCCAGUCCAGUUCCGAAGCCAGUGAGGUGAAGAGAAAGAAAGAAACUGAUAUGGAAGUAGAUACAGAAGGGGACAAGGAGGGUGAUACGGGGGGAGGGGUUAAACGGUCACAUGACGAUGACACAGAAGCGGCAGAUAAAAAGCGGCAACGAAGAGACUCGUCUACAGAAACUACUGGCGCUGGAAGAGAGGCCAGCACUUUGUUCGUCAGCAACCUUGACUUCAAAGUAAAUGAACAGAAUUUGAGGAAGAAAUUGUCGGAAUUUGGGGAUAUUGUUUCAUUAAGAGUGAAAGCCGGCGUCAAAGCGUUUGGUGGAUCUAUAUGUUACUGUCAAUACAAAUCGCCGGAGUCAGUCGAGAAAGCGCUGAAGGAAGACAGAACUCCGCUGGACGGAAGACCAAUGUUCCUAUCUCGGUACUCGUCGAAGAAGUCGAAGCCCACAUUCAAAUACGCGAUGACCGCCGAGAAUAACAAGCUGUUCGUACGGAACCUGCCUUACUCGCAUUGCAAUAAGGAAGCCUUAACAGAAAUAUUCGAUAAGUUCGGCAAGUUAAAGGAUGUUAGGAUUGUCACCUUUAAAGACGGCAAGCCGAAAGGUCUAGCGUAUGUAGAUUAUGAGGAUGAAAAUUCGGCAACCGAAGCUAUAAAAAAGACCAACGGUCUUCUCGUAGCAGAUAGGAAUAUAGAAGUGUCGGUAAGCGCUCCGCCGCCGAGACAAGAACCUUCCACGAGUGCCAUUCUGGGACUACCUAAAAGGGAUACAGGAGGAGGAAUGCGACGAACGCAGCUGAGCAGUUUUAUACCAAGGGUUUUACAAACCCCAUCGACGAGCAAGUCCACUAGCGGAAACCAAAGUAACGGGGACACGAAGCGGCCGCUCAGCAACAACGACUUUAAAAACAUGCUCCUUAAGAAAUAAGUGCAAUUAUACCUAAGAUUUUUCACUCACGAUGAUGAUAGGCGGUUAAGUAUUUAAUAAAGACCAAUCUUAGGGUUAAAUUUCACUAUUCAGUGAACCUUUGCCUAUUAAUUAACAUGGUUAUAGUCGAAACAUAACAUUAAAUUUAAAAAAAACAAGGUAAUUUGAAUCGUGGAGAUUUGUUGAUGUAUGCAGUGUUUAUGCUCUUUGCAUAUAAUAAGCUCAUUAAUUACGACAUUGACUUAAAAUUCAUAAGUAUUUACUUGUAUCGUGUGUGGUCGAUGAUCGCCAUUUUCUUUGCACGAAAUGAAACGAAUUUAAAUUAAAAUAUACAAAAAAUACGUACGAUAAUUUUGUAUGUUCACGUUUAAAAAUAUAAGAUUAUCAUUAGCAAUUUAAAGAAGGUAAAAGUCAAUUAAUUUUUUAAUCAGUAAAUAGUGUUUUUUUAUUUAUUAUUAUUAUUUUAUAGGGAUGUGAAAACAAUAUUUCAGAAUAGAUUCCAGUAUUGCUAACAUUGCAUACUUAACCAAGUCUUUCAACGACCAUGAAGGUCCAAUAUGUAUAUAUUUUCAGUACAGGCAUACAACGGCUGAUUAGUAAAUUUGACCCUUUGACUUAUUUUCGGGUGCUUUAUAUUUUGUACUAUGUGACGCUUGUUAGCAGAUAUUACUCGCAAAUUACGAGUGGAGGUCAUGGCAUACUAAUAAUGAGGAAAUAUCGACAUCCAGUGGAAAAUAUACUUUUAGUAUUAAAUAUAUGUGUUCAUUAAAACGUAUUUUUGAAUAUGUUCGUUAAUUAUGUGUAACUUGUUCUCUUCACAGUUGUGUCGGAAAAGUUGUAAAAUAUUAAUUUCUUUUUGUGUAUUUGUGACUGUUAUAGAUUAACUUUGAACAAAAUUAAAAUUGUUAUUGUAUUUGAAUGCAAAACCUUGAUUGCAAGAAAGCAGCCGAAAAUAAGUUUAAAUAAGUGCAAAGAUUCUAAGAUCUGUUCUUCAUAUCAAAUGCACAACACUCGUUAGAGACGUUAUUAGGUCAGCGACAAGCGAGCAAGUCCUAUUCCAUAUUUUCUUUUAGACGUACUUAUAACUGACAAAAUCGAUAUCUUCUCUAAUAAAAACUACCCUAAUAAACUGGUUUUAUACUUGCAUUAGUUACAUAAUGAUUUGUCUCUUUCUUACGUAUGUCAAAUGACUGAUGACGGAAGGAGAUAAAUCUAUGUGUAACUCACUGUACAAAGUUUAUUAGUACGGUUGAUAGGCAUAAUACACGUCAUAAGAUUAUCGAGUGUACAUUAGUGUAUACAUAGGAGGCCAAAAGGCAACUAAACCUAUAUACGUCUAUGUACUCUUUUAUAUAGAACACGUACAUGUUGUAAAUAUUGUGCUGUCUUCAGAUUUCCACUUGAACCAUUUCACAGUGACUAUAAUUAUGACCGAUUUUUUAAUCUGCUUUGGUGUCUACGUUUAUUACAUGGAAUGUUUUUUUUCAAUUGUUAUCUCUUAAAAAUACCGCCCAAUUGUAUAACUAGCGAGGCAUGUUACAACAAACUUCCUAAAUAUGUAACAGAGAUUUUUUUUUCCAAAAGUGAAACCGAUUUGUUAUCUUGGUUUUGACGAUGUUUUAUAAGUUUUGUUGAAAAAAAUAUAUGUUAUUUUGUAUCAGUUAUACGUGUAUGUCAACGCUCUGUGAAGGCAAACUUUUUUACUUUUAUUCAAAUUCUAACCUGCAACGCGUUACUUUGAUGAAUAAAACUUAAGUAUAAACUGUUUUAA